GUGGUUCUUCAAAGACAACAGCGGGCCCUUGGAGUCUCAAGGGCAUGUAUUUGUCUGGUCGCGGACGACUUCAACACACGAGAAAGAUGCCGCGACGGCUGGCGCUGACUUUUGAGGACGCCAGGGAAGACGAGAAUCACAAGGCGCAGAAAAAGUGUUGUGUGUACAAGUACAUUCGCGUGGGUCAGAGUCUCGGUGAGAGGUUCCGCCAUUCCACGGGAACCGCAUGUGGCGGCACGACAUUUGAGGCAGGGAAAAGGGUGUCUGUGCAUCCGGAAGCGGAAGACGUGGCGGCUCCUGUGGGGAAGAGAAAGGAGAGAGAGGAGGGGGCAAGGCAGGUUGGGCAAAAGCGGUUGAGACUGAACACCAUCAAAAGGUCGUACUCUUCGCAAUGGCAGUUGAAGUUAAAGAAGAAGUUCUUGAGGUUUGUCGACAGCCAGCAUUUGUCGUUUAAUGUAUUCCGGAGCGAGUCGGGGAAGGACCUCGUCAAACACUUCAGGGACUUGCCGGGGCCAGUGAAGGUUUUGUGGCCGUCGUACAAUGAGAUUGCCGACAUGGAGACGGUUGUCCACACAGCGGACGAUGUGGCGGGUGAUCUCACAGAGGUCAGGGCUCCUUUUUAUGUCACGGGAGCCACCAUCAUGUCGGACGACAGGAAGUCAAGGGAUGCUAGACCGAUCGUUAACUUCCUUGCCGACGGGUCGCACCGAGUGAUGAUGGUGAGGACGAUGAACAAGAAGGGUGAGCAAGGCCGUGCGCCUGAUGUUUUAGCGCACUGGAUCAAGGUGUUCGAUGACUUCCCUCCUCGGUGGGUGAAUGCCAUCUGCACGGACUCUGCCUCUGCAUACGUCGCUGCGACAAACAUGCUCCUGGGGCCCAGCAGAGGCCAAAGCUUCGACGGAUCAUGUGGCUUCCGUGCGCAGUGCAUGUCUGCAACAAAAUCUUGUCAGACAUUGGCUUGUCAAGCCCGUGGUCGAAGGAUAUCAUUCUGCGGGGGAGAGCGGUGGUGCGCUUCAUUAAGGAGCACGACGCCGCUGCGACAAACAUGCUCUGGGGGCCCCAGCAGAGGCCAGAGCUUCGACGGAUCACAUGGCUUCCGUGCGCAGUGCAUGUCUGCAACAAAAUGUUGUCAGAUAUUGGCUUGUCAAGCCCGUGGUCGAAGGACAUCAUUCUGCGGGGGAGAGCGGUGGUGCGCUUCAUUGAGGAGCACGACGCUGCUCUGCAUAUCUUCCAGGGGGGAGCGCGCAGAUGGGUCUCAUUUAUCCCUGCGAAACACGUUUCGCAUUCGUGUUCGCUAUGAUGCAGCAUUAGAUGGCAGUGAGGCUCGGUGCGCUCACAUGUUGGAGCUGGCGCAAGGCGCUGCUCACCUUCUCUGUCCUAGUCGGCGAGACCAGAGGUACUACGAGGGCGUGGCGGCCGCCCACAUCGAUCCGGUGACUGAGGUUCACGAUGGGACGCAGGGGGAGACAACAAUAGUCGAGACAGCCUUGGCAGGGACGCAGGGGGAGGCAGCUGGAGGCGAGGCGACUUCAGCUGGGAUGCAGGGGGAGGAAGUUAGAGGCGACGCAGCUGAAGGCGAGGCAGUUGGAGGCGAGGCAACUCGAGUCAAGGCAGCUGGGAUGCAGGUGGAGCCGGAGAGGUUGCACAAGACUGCGGUCGCAGCACUCGAGGACCCGCGUCUAGUGCCCGACCAGCCUCUUCACGAUGGGCAGAGGACCAAGGAUGCUUUGCGUGAGACCGUGGGCAUGCCUCUACCGACGGUUUUUAUUGAGGGCGUCGUGCACAUGUCACCGGGUCUGGAGGACAUAUAGUCAGGUUAGUCAAUGGGUAGUUGAUGAUGUUAUAAACGGG